AGGGAUGAGUAUGAGGAAGCAUAGGUUUGACAUUGCUGGUACUGGCAGCUGACGUCACCUUACCCAUCCUCAUUUCAUCCAAGAACAGACCCCAUUACAGAGUCUUCCAUAUGGAGAAGGACAGCAGUCACAUGACUGAGAGAAUAUUAAAUCUCACCCUCGAGAUCAUCUACCUGCUGACUGGGGAGGAUUACACAGUAGUUAAGAAGACGUUAAGAGAGUGUGAGACACCCAGCAGCCAACCCCGUGUGUCAACCCCGAGCAGGACCCAGAGCCCCAUCCCGGUGCCUCCACCUCCUUCACUGAUACAUGAGAGGCACAAUGACCAGAAGAUCCUGGAACUCACCAACAAGAUCAUUCAGCUGCUGACUGGAGAGGUUCCUAUAAGGUAUGAGGACGUCACUGUCUAUUUCUCCAUGGAGGAGUGGGAGUAUAUAGAGGAACACAGGGGUCUGUACAAGGACAUGAUGAUGGAGAAUCACCGGCCCCUCACAUCACUGGAUGGAGCCAGUAACAGGAAUACCCCAGAGAGAUGUCCCCGUCCUCUUUAUUCCCAGGAUCAUACAGAGGAGAAUCACAGUGUCCCACAGGAGGGUCAGGGUGAAGGCCAGAUUGUUAUAAAAUUAGAAGUUAUGGAUGGAGAAGAAACGGUUGUGAUGAACAAUCAGCUGGGAAAGGGAGAGAAGACCCUUACAGAUAUCCGCACAGAUGGAAACGGCAACGUGAACACCUCGUAUGGACAUCUAUUUUCAUCAGAAGACUGUGACAUAGACGAUAAUGACAACAUCACACAGAAUUCUCCAGAAGAAAACCCCAUUACCCCAAGUAUGCACCCAGUACUGCACAGUGCAGAUUUCUCAUCUGGCCCUUCUGUGAAUGAGGAAUGUUAUCCUGAUGCCUCAGACAUUGUACCACAUAGUACAGCUCAUAGAAAAGCGAAAACAUUCUCCUGCCCUGAGUGUGGGAAAUGUUUUACCCAAAAUGACAAGCUUAUUAAACAUCUGAAAAGUCACACAGGUCAGAGGCCAUUUUCAUGCUCGGUGUGUGGGAAAUGUUUUCCCUAUCAAUCUGUGUUUAUUAUACAUGAGAGAACUCACACGAGUGAUCGCCCAUUUUCAUGUCUUGAGUGUGGGAAAUGUUUUACACAGAAAUCACAGCUUCUUAAACACCAGAGGGCUCACCCAGGAGACCUACCGUUCCCAUGUCCUGAGUGUGGGAAAUGUUUUCCCUAUAAAACAGACCUUGUGAAACAUCAGUGCGCUCACACGGGUGUAAAGCUGUAUCCAUGUUCCGAGUGUGGCAAGCAGUUUCCUUCUAAAUCAAACCUUGUCCAGCAUGAAAAGUUUCACAUCGGGGCAAGGCCGUUUCAGUGCUCUGAGUGUGGGAAAUGUUUUAUACAGAAUUCAGAUCUUAUUAGGCAUCAGAGGAGUCACACUGGCGAGAAACCCUUUCCAUGUACCGAGUGCGACAAACAGUUUUCUGUUAAAACGAACCUCCUUCGCCAUCUCCGAUAUCACAGCGGGGAGAAGCCAUUUCCAUGUUCUGGGUGCGAUAAAUGUUUUUGCCAGAAGGCAGAUCUUAUUAGGCAUGAGAGAACUCACACGGGUGAGAAGCCAUUUUCAUGUUCUGUGUGUGGGAAAUGUUUUACCCAGAAAUCUUCACUUAAUUCCCAUACGAGAACUCACAGGGGAGAAGCUGUUUGUAUGUCCUGAGUGCGGAAGAUGGUUUACGCUGAAAUCAGAUCAAGUUAAACACCCCACAAAAAAUUCCCACAGUAAAAAAAAAUAAUUUGUUGUUCCCAUUGCCGUCUUGGAACGAUGGGUCAGAGCCGCCGGUAGGCCGCCCCUUCGAUAACCUGCUGCUUAGUAAAUCUACUCCUGACUCUCAUUUGUCCUUGCUGCAAUAUGACAUUUAAUACAAACACGGCUUCAUUGUCGUUGUACUUUAUUCUUUCAGUCUAUUCUUUGCUGUGUUACAUUCCUACAGGUUCAUUAAACAGUAUUUAU